AUGACUUAUCGAUUUAUAAACAGUCAAUUAUUUUCACUUUUUUGUUUAGCACUUUCAUUUAAUCUACCAGAAUUUUGUCCAACACCCCAAUGGGAUUCAGAGCCAAUUAUUUUCGCUAAUAAAACAUCACUAGGCACAUAUCCAGGGACUCUGUUUGUCAACGCGAACAAUACAGUCUAUGCCUUCGCUACACGGCAGAAACGUAUUCUUCUAUGGACUGAAGGUGCUAGCAAUCCGACAAGACAGAUCAGUCUUCCCGAUUCUAAAGAAGGAGCUUCGAUGUUCGUUGCAAGCAAUGGAGAUAUUUACUUUGAUUAUCGUAAGCCAGAUGGUAGAGUUGAUCGCUGGAUAUCACAAAACGAAACUCUCGAGACAGUAACAAUCUUUGAAUCUGCAUGUUUUGGUCUAUUCAUUGAUGCAAAAGACAAUCUCUAUUGUUCAAUGGCAUGGAAGCAUCAAGUUAUUAAAAGACAAUUAAAUGACAACAAUAUGACAUCAAUAGUUUUAGCUGGUACAGGUAAAGAAGGAUCUAAUGAAAACGAAUUGGAUGGUCCAAAGGGUAUUUUUGUUAACAUGAACUUUGAUUUGUAUGUGGCAGAUUGUUUUAAUAAUCGGAUUCAGCUGUUCUUAUCAGGAAAAACAAUAGGUGUCACACUAGCAGGAAUCGGUUCAUCAGAUGUCUCAGUCGCACUCUAUUUCCCAGUUGGAGUUACACUGGAUAGCAUGGGACAAGUUUUCAUUGCGGAUAUGAACCAUAAACGUAUUAUUCUAUUGAAGAGAUAUGGCUAUCAAUGUGUAGUUGGAUGUAGUGGAAUUGACUCAGAAUCCAAUCUCUUGUUGGGUAUGGAAAUAUUCAAUUUCGAUAGUUUUGGAAAUAUAUUUGUUAUCAACCCGAAGACAGCGCAAAUUCUAAAAUAUCUUUUUAUAAAUAAUUCCUGCGGUAUCUCAUUUAACAUACCAAAAGUUUGUUCACUAGCAUUAUGGAAUUCAAAUGGAAUCUUAUUUGCUGAUCAGAAAUUACUCGGCUCUCAGCCUCAGGUUUUAUUUGCCGAUUCUAAUAACAAAAUUUACGCUUUUAAUGAAUCAAAUAAAGAAAUUGUUCUAUGGUCUCAAUCUAGUAUUCUACCUAUACUACGUACCAUCCUUGUCAACUCCUCACGUAUCACUUCUAUGUUUGUUACAAACAAUGGAGAUAUUUAUUUUGAUGAUUAUUAUGAUAAAAAACAAAUAACUCGAUGGAUAUCAAAUGAAGGCACAUUUGAUAGUAUAGUGAAUAUUAAUGGAUCAUGUUCAGGUAUUUUUAUUGACACAAAUGAAACGCUCUUUUGUUCGAUAUCGAAAUACCAUUAUGUUCUGAAAACAUGGCUAAAUAGCUAUAAGAAAACAUUAGCGAUUGCAGCUGGUAGAGAAAUUGCGGGAUCUGCUUCGAAUGAAUUGAAUUCUCCUUAUGGAAUUUUUAUUGAUUUCAAAUUCGAUUUAUAUGUAGCUGAUUGUGGAAAUGAUCGAAUUCAACGAUUUCAAACAGAUCAACUAAUCGGUACGACGAUUGUAGGAAAAAGUUCAUCUUAUGAUGGAAUUUCACUCCGUUGUCCAAGUGGAAUAGUCGUCGGGAAUGACGGACAAUUCUUUAUCGUAGAUCAGGGCAAUCAUCGUAUUACUGCAUUCAGCGUUCAUAGGAGUCUUCGAUGUUUAGUUGGAUGUCAUGGACAGGGAACACAAUCAAACCAGUUAUCUAAUCCUUUUACACUUAGUUUUGAUCAAUUUGGAAAUAUGUUAGUUACUGAUUCGAAUAACAAUCGAAUUCAGAAAUAUAAUCUAUAUAAAGCAAGCUGUGGUAAGUUCGAUGUUAUCAAUUUAAAUAAGAUACAAUAA